CCAUUGAUAUUCGGUGAUGUUGCCAUAGACUUCUCUCAGCAGGAGUGGGAAUGUCUAAACUCAGAUCAGAAAGAUUUGUACAGAGAUGUGAUGUUGGAGAGUUAUACUAACUUGGUCUCAUUGGACUUUGAUUUCACAGUUGAAAACAACAAGUUAUCUUGAGAAAAAAGCAGUUAUGAAGUAAAUUUACACCAACAGGAGACACUGAAAAGAAGUAAAACCUUCAGCCUUAUAGGGUUUAUUUUCAGGAGUGAUCCACAGUACAGAAUACAAUUUAAGAAACAACAGUAACCUAGAGAGAAAUGUUUUAGUCAAAUGAUAUUCAGAAAAUAUAUAUGCCUUUCUCUACCUCAGAGAAUUCAUACCAGACAGAAAUCAUAUGAAUGUAAUGAAUAUAGAAAGGACUUUAGAAAGUAUUCACAUCACGAACAUCUGAGAGACUAUACUAGUGUGAGAUCCUAUGAAUGUAAUGGAUGUAAGAAGGCUUUUAGGUUUUAUUCACAGCUUAUUCAGCAUCAGAUAAUUCAUUCUGGUGUGAAACCCUAUGAAUGUAAACAGUGUGGGAAGUCUUUUAGACGUCAUUCUCACCUAACUGAACAUCAGAAAAUUCAUAUAAUUGUGAAACCCUAUGAAUGUAAAGAAUGUUGGUAAAUGUUUAGGUUAUACCAACAUGUGUGUCUACAUCAGAAAACUCAUCAUGGCCUGAAACCCUAUAAAUGUAAGGAAUGUGGGAGGGCCUUUUGUCAUCGUUCAAGUCUUUAGUAACAUAAGAAAAUACAUUCUGGUGAGAAACCAUAUAAAUGUAAACAGUGUGGAAAGACAUUUCUACUAUUAUUGAACUAUCUACUUAUUGAAUGUCAAAGAACUGAUGAGAAACCUCACGAAUGUACAGAAUGUAGUAAGUCUUUUAGUAGGGGCUCAGGCCUUCUUAAACAUAAAAGAAUUCAUGGCUGUGAGAAACUCUAUGAUUGUAAGGAUUAUGGAAAGGCCUUUUGUAGAAGUUCUCAACUUAUACAACAUUAGAGGAUUCGUUCAUGUCAGAAGCCACAUGAAUGUCAAAAAUGUGGGAAGACUUUUAAGCUUCAUUCAUACCUUAUUCAAUAUCAGAUAAUCCAUACUGAUUUGAAACCAUAUGACUGUAAGCAGUGUGGGAAAGCCUUGAGUCAUGUUGGAGACCUUAAAGCACAUCCAUCGAUUCAUGCUGGAGAGAAACCCUAUGAAUGUAAAGAAUGUGGAAAAACCUUUAGUCUUAUUUAACUAAUUUAUCAACUAAUUUAUCAUCAGAAAAUUCAUACUGGCUUGAAACCCUAUAUAUGUAAAGAAUGUAAGAAGGCCUUCCAUUCUAUCUCAGGUUUUUCUCAGCAUAAGAGAAUUCAUACUGGUGAAAAACCCUAUGAACGUAAAGAAUGUGGGAAAGCCGUUAAUGGUAGUGAUUGACUUACUCAACGUCUGAGAACUCAUGCUGGUGUGAGACCACACAAAUGCAAGGAAUGUGGGAAGGCCUUUAGUCAUUGGUAUCAACUUACUCAACAUCAAAGAUUUCACAUUGGUGAGAAAUUCUUAAUGUAA